GGCCCCCCGGGAGCCCACGGGAGCCCGCGGCGCCCCGGGACCCCCAGGGGCCGCCCACUGCCCGGUCUGGUAGGGGUUGGGAGCCUCUCGCGGCCGGCCCCUGGCCGGCCUGCCCGGAGAGCUCCACAGAGGCCCCGGGACGGCGGCUGCGGCCAGGCCUCGGCGCUCCGAUCCGUCUCCGCACGGCGGCAUGGUGCCUCCGGAGAGCCCUGAGUCGGGCCCUUCCAUUAUUCUUUUCUUAUCCGGGGGGCUGCUCUUGGAAGGAUCGCGUUGAGGUCUAGCUUGUCCUGAGCUGCUCCUGUGAGCCUCCUGACCUUGCUCAGCUCCGCGGCGGUUCUUCAACUUCGCGGGGUUAUGCAGUUCUUUGUGAAUCUCAUGAAACUUACGGAUCUUCUCUCCCCCAAAACGUGCAUAGUCAAAUAUACACAUUUUGUAUGCAUUUUCAGAGAGUUCAGAAUCCCACCACCACCAUCAGCCCGUCCAUGGAUUCACUGUAAUUUCCCCAACCACCUCUCGAGCUAUAUGACUUUGGCCUUCAAGAUCCUCUUCCCCCAAAAUUUGUGUGCACUUGGCCGAAGAGAACUGUGCCUGUUCCGAGAACAUUAUCACUGGCCUGACAUAAGACAAUUCAACCAGUGCUUGGAAACAGAUCUGCUUCGUGGGCGCUGCCUCCUCCAGAGAAGAAAGCCUGUUCUGUCAUUCCUGGGAGGCCAUCUAAGACUACGUGCCACCUGCCUUGUUUUCUUGCCAGAGUCGCAUGUGGGACUUUGCAGUGGCCCCUGUGCAAUGGCAGAGCAACGGUUCUGUGUGGACUACGCCAAGCGCAGCACAGCCGGCUGCAAAAAAUGCAAGGAGAAGAUUGUGAAGGGUGUGUGCCGCAUUGGCAAGGUGGUGCCCAAUCCCUUCUCAGAGUCUGGGGGUGAUAUGAAAGAGUGGUACCACAUUAAGUGCAUGUUUGAGAAGCUGGAGCGGGCUCGGGCCACCACAAAAAAAAUUGAAGACCUCACAGAACUGGAAGGCUGGGAAGAGCUGGAAGACAACGAGAAGGAACAGAUAACGCAGCACAUUGCAGAUCUGUCUUCUAAGGCAGCAGGCACACCAAAGAAAAAAGCUGUUGUGCAGGCUAAGUUGACAACGACUGGCCAGGUGGCAUCCCCAGUGAAAGGAGCUUCACUUGUCACCAACACCAAUCCCCGGAAGUUUUCUGGCUUUUCAGCCAAGCCCAACAAGUCUAAUCAGGCCCCCUCAAGCCCUACCCCUAAGACAAGUCUAUCCUCGAGCAAAUGUGACCCCAAGCACAAGGAUUGCCUGCUACGGGAGUUCCGGAAGCUGUGUGCCAUGGUGGCUGAUAAUCCUAGCUACAACACGAAGACCCAGAUCAUCCAGGACUUCUUGCGGAAAGGCUCAGCAGGAGAUGGUUUCCGCGGUGAUGUGUACCUAACAGUGAAGCUGUUGCUGCCGGGUGUCAUUAAGAGUGUUUACAACUUGAAUGAUAAACAGAUUGUGAAACUUUUCAGCCGCAUUUUUAACUGCAACCCAGAUGAUAUGGCACGGGACCUGGAGCAGGGUGACGUGUCAGAGACGAUCAGAGUCUUCUUUGAGCAGAGCAAGUCUUUCCCUCCAGCUGCCAAGAGCCUCCUUACCAUCCAGGAAGUGGACGAAUUCCUCCUGCAGCUCUCUAAGCUCACCAAGGAGGAUGAGCAGCAGCAGGCCCUGCAGGAUAUCGCCUCCAGGUGUACGGCCAAUGACCUUAAGUGCAUCAUCAGGUUGAUCAAACACGAUCUGAAGAUGAACUCAGGUGCAAAACACGUGUUAGAUGCCCUCGAUCCUAAUGCUUAUGAAGCCUUCAAAGCUUCACGCAACCUGCAGGACGUGGUGGAGCGGGUCCUUCGAAAUGAGCAGGAGGUGGAGAAGGAGCCAGGUCGGAGACGGGCUCUGAGUGUCCAGGCCUCACUGAUGACACCUGUGCAGCCCAUGCUGGCCGAGGCCUGCAAGUCCAUCGAGUAUGCGAUGAAGAAGUGUCCCAAUGGCAUGUUCUCUGAGAUCAAGUAUGAUGGUGAGCGAGUCCAGGUGCAUAAGAAUGGGGACCACUUCAGCUACUUCAGCCGCAGUCUCAAGCCUGUCCUGCCUCACAAGGUGGCCCACUUUAAGAACUACAUCCCCCAGGCUUUUCCUGGAGGCCACAGCAUGAUCUUGGACUCUGAGGUGCUCCUGAUUGACAACAAAACAGGCAAACCACUGCCCUUUGGGACCCUGGGAGUGCACAAGAAAGCGGCUUUCCAAGAUGCUAAUGUCUGCCUGUUUGUUUUUGAUUGUAUCUACUUUAAUGAUAUCAGCUUGAUGGACAGGCCUUUGUGUGAGCGGCGGAAGUUUCUUCAUGACAACAUGGUUGAAAUUCCCAACCGGAUCAUGUUCUCAGAAAUGAAACAAGUCACAAAAGCUUCAGACUUGGCUGACAUGAUAAACCGGGUGAUCCGGGAAGGCUUGGAAGGGCUGGUGCUGAAGGAUGUGAAGGGUACAUAUGAGCCUGGAAAGCGACACUGGCUGAAAGUGAAGAAAGAUUAUUUGAAUGAGGGGGCCAUGGCUGACACAGCUGACCUGGUGGUCCUUGGGGCCUUCUAUGGACAAGGGAGCAAAGGUGGCAUGAUGUCAAUUUUCCUCAUGGGCUGCUAUGACCCUAGCAGCCAGAAGUGGUGCACAGUCACCAAGUGUGCAGGAGGCCAUGAUGAUGCAACCCUUGCCCGCCUACAGAAGGAACUGGAUAUGGUGAAGAUCAGCAAAGAUCCCAGCAAAAUACCCACCUGGCUGAAGAUCAACAAGAUCUACUAUCCUGACUUCAUCGUCCCAGACCCAAAGAAAGCUGCUGUGUGGGAGAUCACAGGGGCAGAAUUCUCCAAAUCUGAGGCACACACUGCUGAUGGAAUUUCCAUCCGAUUCCCUCGCUGCACCCGAAUCCGAGACGACAAGGACUGGAAAUCUGCCACUAAUCUCCCCCAACUCAAGGAACUGUACCAGCUGUCCAAGGAGAAGGCAGACUUCACUGUGGUGGCUGGAGAUGAGGGAAGCUCCACGACAGGAGGCAGCAGUGGCGAGAACGAGGGCACUUCUGGGUCUGCUGCAUCCCGCAAGGUCCCCAGAGCCUCCCCGAGGAAGCCCUCUCCCAGUGCCCGGAAGGCUGAAGGGAAGCUGAGGAACUCCAACAGCAAAGGCAACAAGCUGACCACGAAGUCUUCUCCAGUGAAAGUGGGGGUGAAGAGGAAAGCUGCUGAUGAGACUCCAUGCCAAGCAAAGGUGCUGCUGGACAUCUUCACUGGGGUGCGGCUCCACUUGCCACCCUCCACCCCAGACUUCAGCCGUCUCAGACGUUACUUUGUGGCAUUUGAUGGGGACCUGGUGCAGGAAUUUGACAUUGCCUCAGCCACACAUGUGCUGGGUAGCAGGGACAAGAACCCUGAGGCCCAGCUGGUCUCCCCAGAGUGGAUUUGGGCAUGUAUCCGGAAACGGAGGCUGAUAGCUCCCUGCUAGGACUCUGAUCUUCCUGCACCCUUGGGACAUCCUCUCCCUUAUCACACUACUCCACCAGCCUUAGCCUGGAGGCAGAUAGAUGGAGGAACAAAGGGGGUGUCCUUUCUUCUUCAGGCAGCACAUCUUGCAAAAUCUGCCAAGUCUUCCUGGUCUCUUCUGGAGCAGGAAUAAGUUCUGUGGGCACCACAAGUGAAGUCAGUUUCUCUUGCAGGUUUAAGCAGAUCUCAGAUCUGGGUGCUGGCUUUGUCAUUUUUGUGUCCUUCAAAAGCUUAUUUUUAUAAAUGAAACACCCACAGCAUCUGUCCUUCUCCAGCACUCCCCUAGUUUCCUUAGUGAUUAAGGAGUGAAGGCUGGGCUACUAAAGCUGGUAGCACCCUUCUCCCUGCCUCAUUUUACUUCCACUCCUUUUAAAGCUGUAUUUAAAAGACCACCCUCAAAAAUGUGUCUUACAUUUGGCAAAACUUGUAUUUAGCCUGGCCCCUUUUUGCCAGGAUGAACUAUCUUUUGAAAGAGAACAAAAUUAACUUUGAUGACUUUAUUCUCUGUGUUCUCUAUUAUAGGGGAGGGACCCAGCUUGAAGGGAGAGACUAGCACUGGGCAGGAAAUGAAGCUUGUACACAGGAGGGAGGUUAUUUGGGCUACUGGGGUGGGAUGGGGGUGUGGUUUAGAGACUCCAGGAAGAUCAAUCUGCCUUCUCAAAAUCUGGAAAUGACUGGUAUUUUUAAAGAAUACAAAUUCAUACCUCAGUACAAGUCUACACACCCUGCUUACAAAGACCAGCCAGCUCCUAUGCCACCUGUGGCUGAUUUAUUUGAAGAACAAAAGGAACACAGUUUGUGUAGACAAGUGCUGUCCAUAGAUGUUUUUACAGCAAUGGGUACAAUGGAAAUAUCCCGUGAGUCUGCUGUGUUUAACUGAGCCACAUAUGGUUGUUGAGCAUUUCAAAUGUGACUAGUGCUGGGUACAGUGACUCAGGAGGCUGAGGCAGGAGGAUCACGAACGAGUUCAAGGCCAGCCUCAACAACUCAGUGAGGCCCUAAGCAACUUGGGAACUUGUCUGAAAAAAAUAAAAGGCCAGGCAUGUGGCUCAGUGGUAAAGCACUUCUGAGUUCAAUCCCUAGUACCCACCUCCCCAAAAAAAUGACUAGUAUAACUUAGGAACCAAAAUUGUCUUUAAUUCUAAAUGGCCACAAGUCAGUAGUGACCAACAAACUGGAUGGGUAUAGACAGACCUGCUUUAAGUUAAGAGUCCUAAAAUUUAAUAUCUAUAACUUUAGGCAAGUUAACCAUCUGAGCAUCAAUUCCUGCAGAAUGGGGAAAUGCACUGCUUCUAAAUCACAGGGUGGCUGUCAAUGACCUUAGAUCCAUGUGCAAAGCACUUAGUGCAGAACCUGGCACAGUAUCUAGAGUUGGGAACAUCACCUUUGGUGUGUGUCCAGGAGGGCUUCAAACUGCAGAACCCACAACUGCAUGCCUGUCUGUUGCUGAGUGCAGGCUUAUCGGGAUUGUGUGUGGUUUCUCUCUCAGUCCUGCCACCUCAUGAGAAUCAGCUCUCUUUUUCCUUAUUGAAUUAGCAGGCUUGUUUGUCCACUUCCAGAGUUUGGUUAAUGUGACUCAACCCCUUAAACAUGAGUGUCUGGGCCUAUAAGAUAGCCCCCUGCCCCGCGUAUUCAGCUAAAGUGAUUGGGAGGCUGCCAGACAGGCUGCUUGCAAGCCAGCUUGUAUCUGACCUUAUUUUUCACCUGAUUAAGAUGUGGAGGGUGGGAAGGAGGUGCCCUGGCUAGGGAAGGACACCCCAUGUUUUUGAACAGGCACCCUUUCAGUCUGGCUUCAGUAUUGGGACUGAGACACCCUAGUCUGUCUUCUGGAGAUAAUGGCCUGAACAGAUUUCCAGCCUCCUCAGGCCAAGCAAGUGGGCAGGGCAACAGAGCAAGGCUUCCAGAGUCCUGCCAAAGGCACUGUCCUUUUCAUCCUGGCUGACAGGGCCAGUGCCACCUGCACUUACAACUGUUUCCCCUCAGGGGGCAGCCUCCCAGCCACAGGCCAUGAUCUCAGCCACCAUCUCAGCCCUUGGCUCUUGUCUCCCGGGGCAUUAGCUCUAAUUCACCAUCAUCGGUCUUUUAUGUUUCCUUCCAGUCUUUGGGUGCACAUUUUUGCUGCAGAGAUUGGACUGUAUAUACAAUUUUAUAUUCUUUAUGUCUACCUGACCAUAAACAUUAUCAUCAUGUUAAACCUCCCCAGGCCACUGGCUACCUGCCCUCUUUUCAGCUGUUCUUUACAUGUUACUGGCUGGAGGAGUUUACAUGUUUACAGGUGGAGGUCACCACUGGGUACUGUCCAGAGCAGUGACAACCAAGUGAUGUAACUCAGCCUCAAAACUUCCACUGGGCCAGACUCCCUCCUCUUCUCUUCAACCACAGGGCAUAUACCCAUGUCACCCUAUUCUCCCAAGGGCUGCACUCUCCCUCCCACUGAGCAGUUGGUCAGGAAGCAAUGUGCAGGGCUAUACAUAGAGCAGUCUGCCCUUGAGGCUGGGCCAACCUUUUCUGAGCCAUACUCCAACCAUACCACAACUAUAUCCAAAAGCUUCCAUACAUCUACCAGAGUAAACUAAAGACUUAACUGGCUAUAAUGGCUUCCUCCAAUUCCUUUCUACCUAGUGCUCAUCAAUACUAGAUCACUGUAAAUAUCUGAACUCAUGUGGUGCUUCUUCACAUUUGGUCUAGGGCAUCAUCCUUUGCCUACCAGAUUUUCCUCCCCAGGUGUUUUAGGAUCUCUCCCACAUAUUGUUUGUGAGGUCUUAGACAAAUCAAUACUGAGCAGGGAUAUCCUGACCAAGGUCCCAUGGCUCAAGCGUCUCCAAAAAUCAUCUCAAGAGCAUACCCAUGGCCUUGGAUUUGCCUAUGGUAUAUCAGUUUGUCAAUAAUCUAGCAAACCUCUGGCGGCAUCCUCACACCAGAUCCGACAGGCAUCUAUGUUGAAACUUUAUUACAAAAUUAUAAAGCAGAACUCUGUAACAAAAAAUACACAUUUGGGUUUGCUUUAACACCCAAGUGAGUCUGAGAAUCUUCAUAUAAGCCACUUGAAGUAACACAUUCACAUCCAAGAGAUUUCAACAAAUUUAUACAAUAUAUAUUGAGCACUAAUUCCUGUACAGCUUAUUCUUAUUAGUUUGGAUCCAACUAUUCCAAGGUAUUAUGAACCUGUCCGUCUUUUAAAAUAAGUCUCAACUGAAAUCUCAGCAGUCACAGCAAAAGCCACAGAAUAACUGGAGGAAUUAGACAUUGCUGUGAUAAUUAAGACCAAGGAUUCAUGAGGGACAAGAGGGAAGACUCGAGGAUAAAACAUCAGUUUUCCUACCUGGGUUAAAUAUGAACUGGAAUGGGAUCUUGGAACUCCCAACUUUUAUUUGGUGUAAUAAUAAAGACAAUACAAAAGCAAAUGGGUUGUUUGACA